CAUCGCCCACGUUUUCCCUACCUUACCUUUUCCCUUUUGGAAUUGAUUUAGAAAUGCUCACCUCCACCCUUUUGUCUCACCACAAACGUCUAUGAUACCGUUACCCCCUACCCAACCAAAGCAAAAGCCACGAUAAUGUCCUCCUCCACACCCUCCACACCGCGCUCGACGCGCGCCGCGUCCCCCGGCCCCGGCCCCGGCAGCGACACCGAAAUGCUUCUCACUCCGGGCCGUAAGAUCAAGGCCAUGCUUGCGGCGUUUGAUAGCGAUUCCGAUGAUGACGACAAUAUUAAUUCCACGGAUAAGGGGGCUGGGGCUGGUGGUGAUCGCUCCACGACCAAGCUUAGUAAUGCGUUGAAAAAGAGUACGAUUUCUUCGUUUGUUGCGGCAGAUUCGGCACCGAUGGAUGAGGAUGAGGAUGACGAGGAUGAUGAGGAGAUUGUAAGGCCUAAAGGGCGGAUGGCGGCGCGGUUACAGGGCACGAGUCCUUCCGGGGCGACGACGGCGUUUGAGCGCGUUGCGAGGAGGUUGCGGGAUGAGGAGACGAAGGGACACGGUCUGAAGGAUGAUGAGGAGGAGGAGGAGGCGGGUGAGGAGGAGGAUGAGGAGGACGACGACGACGAUCUCCCGACGGCUGGUCCGAGACGGAGAGGUGUCACCAACGUGCUUUCUGAGCCUGCAGUGGAUGGGGAUGAUGAUGAGGAGCCGCGGACCCGCGCGUACUCUCCGCUUUUCGUGUCGUCGCCUGUCAAAGGACGCGAUCAUGACGAGGACAACGAUGCCAACGGGACAGACGACGAGGACGACGCAAAGCUACCCAAGAAAAACGCCCGGUUCUUGGCCCUCGUGGCGCAGAAGCGAAAGGAGCGCGAGGAGAAGGAGCAGGCUGAGGCGGAGAGACGGGCUGCUGCGCGGGCUGCGAGGCAGCAGGGACAGUCCGAUUCGGAGAUGGCCUUGUCUGCAAGCGAGGGCGACGGCGACGGUGCAUCAUCGGGCGCCGCAGCCAAAUCCAACGCCAGAAAACAGCAGGAGCAGACGCGGCCAGCAGCACGGAAGGCCAGUAAAAAGGCACUGGAGGAGAUGAACCGCGAGACGCAGCGGAUGAGUCGCAACAUGCAGCUGGCGCAUCAGGCACAGACGAAGAAGAAGAUCACGAAGGAGAGCUUCUUCGCGCGGUUCAACUUCGGACAGCCGGCUGUCCCCCCGCCUGGCGAAACCUCGUCCAGCGCGGCGGGCUCGCAAAAUUCGUCGGAUGUCGAGGCACAGAAGGACAAGGAGACGCCCCGGACGUCGCCGGUCCUGGGUCCCGCGGACAAGGUGUCUGCUGCGGAGGACACCCCAAAAGAAAAUACAGCUGAGCCCGAAUUCUCUACGCUCGAGGAGAUUCUCGCCAACCCACCGACGCAGCUUGAGGAGCCGGUUGUGGCUCGAAUGGAGGUGGAGUCGGCAGCUGCACCACCGCUUAAGAAGGAGAAGAAAGCGCUGAACCUACCGGCGGUUCGCGUCAGGCUGUCACGAGAAGAAGUGGCCCGCCAUCAGCAAGACGACUCGGACAGUGACCUGGAGAUUGUCACAUCGCCGGCCAAAUGCCGCCGGAUUGCGGCGUUCGAAAACCUCCCCGCCAAGAAACUACAGGAGUCGGCUUCAAUGAUCAAGUUGAAAGCGCUGGCGCAUUUGACCUCGCCCAACCGCAAGUCCAAGGGCAUGAACGGGGCUCAACUCUCUGCCACAUUGCUCCUGAAGGCAAGACAACAGGCUGCCAGGGAGCGACAGGAGAGGAUCGAAGAGCUCAGAGCCAAGGGUAUUCACAUCGAGACUGCGGAAGAGCGCGCUGCCAUGGAGGACGAACUAGAGAACUUAGUCGAGAAGGCACGUCUGGAAGCCGACGCUAUCGCCAAGCAAGAGCGCAAAGCUGCCAAGCGCGACGGUGACGACGAUGACGAGGACGAGGACUUCGAAUAUUCAGGGUCAGAGGACGGGGAGAAUGGCGAAGACGACGAAGACGACGAAAUGGCAGACGCACCAGUAGGCGGUAAUGGAUUGGUCGACUCUGAAGCCGACGAGGGCGAUGAAUCGGACGACGACAAGUCAGAAGUCAUGUCGUCCGAAGAAAUAAAUAUCCCCACCCAGAGACGCAAGCGACAGACUCGGGUAAUCAGCGACGACGAGGAUGAGGACGAAGUGCAAGAGCCGAAAACCCCAGCCAAGCCCAUCAUCGGUGCCACCACUCCCGGAACCCGGUCUGUCAACCGGCCGCACCUCCCUGCGCAGAGCUCCAACGACCUGCUAAGCUUGACGCAAGCCUUUGCGGGUACCAUAGCCGGAAGCCCCCAGCGCAGCCAACAGACGCCUGUUCCCACACUGCCGAGCACUUUGCCCGAACUUGGGCUCCACGAGUCCGACGCCAAUGUGGUCAUCAAGGACAGCCAGGUGCCCCAGGCCGAGUCUCAUGAUAUACUCGCUCACUACGCCCCGUCUACGGCGCGGGUGUCGGAAUCCCCGGCCCCACGCUCCGUCUCGAACUUUUCACAGAUCCCCGACCCGACGCAGGAUGAAGGGUUCGUUCUCUCGCCGUUUGACCCGUCGAAGCGCUUCCUCGGUACUCCACCAUCGACCAUCGACACCGUGAUCGUGGACCAGAACCAGUCCCCGGUCCCCACACAAAGCAUGCGCCACUUGAAGCGCGGCGGCCGCGCCGCCGACCUUUCCAUGAUCGAAGAACAAGACGAAGACAACGGAGACUUCGAAAUCAACGCCAAUGCCUUCAACAUCAUGAGGGCGUCGAAGAAGAACAAGAAGCCCGCCGUCUUAUUCGACAAGAGCAAGAGCAAGGCCAGGGACGUGGUGGAAGAAGCCGCCGAAGAGUCGGACGACGAAUACGCCGGACUGGGUGGUGGAAGCGACGAGGACGACGAUGACGAGGAGAACGCCUACGACCGAGCGAUGAUCAACGACCAUAGCGGUGAGACGGUUGACGAGAAGCAACUUGCCGCCUUGAACGCACACCACCAACGCACCACCGACGAGAAGCAAGUCGCCAAGCUCCUGAAGGACAUCACCACGGGGGCCCUCCGCCGGCGCCGCGGUGCCAACGCUGACGACGAGUUCGACCUAGACGACUCGGACGACGAACUCCUGGCGCGGCGCCGCGAGAAGCAGCGCGAGUUCGCGCGGAUGCGCAAGGCUCUCCUGGCCGACGAGAAGAUGGGCGAGAUCGCGGAGAACCCGAAGAAAGCGGCCUUCUUCCGCGCGGUCGAGGACCGCGACGACGACGACGACGACGAGGACAUGGGGCUGGAGUUCGUGGAGGAGGGUGAGGACGAGGAGGGGAGUCAACAAGACAACAACCUCCCUCAACCCGAACCUGCAGAAUCCGAACCCGACACCACCAACCCCGACAACAACAACAACAAAAGAAAACGCCCCCUCAACCCCAGCACGGAAUCGACCUACAACCGGCCUCCGCCCCACCUCCGCCGCAAGCCCGCCUCCGCCAUGUCCAAGAAACCCGCGACCCUGGCCGAGAUCCGCGAGACCCUGAGCUUCCUGACCGAGACGCACGAGUACGAUUCCUUCCACGAGGACGCCUCCCUCGAGCACGACCCCGAACACCCAGACCCAGACCACGACCAGCCACAAGAGAUGGCCCUGGACCCCGCCGACUUCGCCUCCGACAACUCCGACAACUCAGACGACGAACUCGCCGCCGUCGCCGGCCCCGCGCCACCCCCAAGAAACCUCCUCACCCACCACCCGCGCCGCACCCGCGGCCCCGUCGUCGACCGCCUCGCCCUCCUCCGCCAAGCAUCCAGCAACUCCGCCACCACUACUGGAAACAAAUUCGCUUUCGCAACCGAUACCCCCACCGACAGGGACAACUUCGGCUUCAACCGGCCCCCACCCUUGCUCCGGCGCAGCACCACCGCCUCCACCUCCACCUCCUCCUCGGCAUCAUCGUCCUCAGGACCAGGCAGCCGACGAAGCAGCGCAACCUCAUCCGUCAACUCCGGGCACGGAGGGAAUCCACCCGGAAUGGGCAUCAAGAAACCGGGCGGUGGCGCCACCGCCUCCGUGAAUUCGUACACGGCCGCCCGGGAACGGGAACGCGCGAAGGAGCUGCGGAUGCAACACGCCCAACGGGGCAGCGGCGGGUCGAAGAAAUUGACGGCGGCGCUGUUGGAUCAGCGGGCGGCGGAUCGGUUGGGGGCAUUGGGGGGUGGGGGUGGGCAGUGGGAGUGA